GAUUUUCUCGGCGCUGCACGAACCCAUUUCCAGUGAAACCCAAGCCGCCAUCUGUCCAAGCCGGCAGUCCGACACCUUCGCCAACCAUCGCGCCACGUCAACUCACCUUCCGCGUGGCCGCGCCAUCCCCACCCACCAACCGACGACCCAUCUCAACCAUCCACACCCUCGAACCAACCGCCCAGAUCGAUCCCUCUCACUCCUCCUCGUGCUCCUCCCCCACCUACCGCGCUCCGCCCGCCUCAAAUCCCGGCCCCACCGGACACAACCACCGCCUAUCACCCUCCGCCACCGCCGUUGCCUCCGUUUCCCAUGGCGGCUUCCGCCUCCACCCUCCUCGCCGCCGCCGCCGCCUCGUCCUCCUCCUGCGCGGCCAUCUCUCCCCACCUCCCGCGCGCAGCUCCGGCCGCCGCCUCAGUCCCCUCUCCGUCGCGUCCCUCCUGCCCUCCCCUCCGCGCUUCCCCCGCGAGGCCCCAUCGGAGCCGCGUCAUCGCCAGUGCGGCUCCCACGAUGCAGCCGCCGGCGGCGUCCAGGGUCUCUACGGUGGUUGACGUCGACCUCGGCGACCGUAGCUACCCGAUCUACAUCGGCUCCGGCCUCCUCGACGAGCCUGACCUGCUGCAGAGGCAUGUGCAUGGGAAGAGAGUUCUGGUUGUGACCAACACGACUGUCGCGCCGCUCUACCUGGAGAAGGUGACCUGGGCACUCACACACAACAACCCAAACGUGUCAGUGGAGAGCGUGAUCCUCCCUGACGGCGAGAAGUACAAAGACAUGGACACGCUGAUGAAGGUGUUUGAUAAGGCAGUCGAGUCCCGGCUUGACCGCCGGUGCACAUUUGUAGCACUGGGUGGUGGUGUCAUCGGGGACAUGUGUGGGUUUGCGGCUGACGCAUUCCUUCGUGGCGUCAAUUUCAUACAGAUACCAACUACUCUGAUGGCCCAGGUGGACUCAUCUGUUGGUGGGAAGACCGGGAUUAACCAUCCACUGGGGAAGAACUUAAUUGGAGCUUUCUACCAGCCGCAGUGUGUACUGAUAGACACGGAUACACUGAAUACGUUGCCCGAUAGGGAGCUGGCUUCAGGCAUAGGUGAGGUUGUGAAGUAUGGGCUCAUAAGAGAUGCACCGUUCUUUGAGUGGCAAGAGAAGAAUAUGUCGGCAUUGUUAGCAAGAGAAUCAAGUGCUUUGACCUAUGCUAUCAAGAGAUCAUGUGAAAACAAAGCUGAAGUUAUUGCACAAGAUGAGAAGGAAGGUGGUCUUCGAGCGACACUAAACCUGGGUCACACAUUUGGCCAUGCUAUUGAGACAGGGACUGGAUAUGGAGCAUGGCUCCAUGGGGAGGCUGUUGCAGCUGGAAUAGUUAUGGCAGCUGACAUGUCUCACCGCCUAGGGUGGAUAGAUGAGUCUAUCAAAAAGCGGACAGUUGACAUACUAGAGCAAGCCAAGCUUCCCAUUGCACCUCCGAAGGCCAUGACGGUGGAGAAGUUCAAAAACAUUAUGGCUGUCGACAAGAAGGUUGCUGAUGGAUUGCUGAGGCUCAUCCUCCUAAAAGGACCUCUUGGAAGCUGUGUUUUUACUGGAGAUUAUGACAGGAAAGCUCUCGAUGAAACCCUCCAUGCAUUCUGUGACAGCUGAUAUUUCUCGGUUUCGGAUUUUAGUGAUGAUGUAUAACUAAUAGGCUACAUGUCAAUUGAGAGAAGAAAGCACAUUGUAUAUUAUGCUGAUUGAUAUCUUUUUGUCGGAAAUAAUGGGGUAUGGUUAGGGGUUGGUUUGAGGUUGUUGAUGAUCGUUUCUGAUCAAUUAUCAUCAGUUGCUUUUGUAUUAUUUCAAGCUGUAAUGUGCUUUGAUACGGUAUUUAAAGAUCGGUCUUGUGUAGUAA